AGUCUCCGCCUCAUCCACAUCCAAUCUAAGGCCUGGCGGCUUUGCCCGCCCUCCGAGCACCCAAUACCCAGCUGACAGUCAGGCUGCGCAGGGCGCCCCAGAAGUCAUGGAGGUCCUGGUCCUGGCCAGAUACCGUGCGCAGACGGAGGACGAGCUGAGUCUGGCUCCGGGGGACGUGAUCCGGCAGGUGUGCGCGGGGCCCGCUCGGGGCUGGCUGCUGGGGGAGUUGCGGGGCCGCCGCGGUCGCUUCCCCAAGCGCCUGGUGCAGGAGAUUCCCGAGGCCCUGUGGGGCGUCACCGAGUCCAGACCGCGCUUUCCGCGCCGUCGUCGCGGCCACCCCAUCAACUCUCGGGACCCCCAAAGAUGGUGCAAAGUGAUCUUCAACUACAGCCCAGAGCAGGCAGACGAGCUGAUGCUUCGAACUGGGGAGAUUUUGGAAGUGAUAAAGGAGAUUGAGGACGGCUGGUGGCUGGGAGAGCGGAACGGGCAAUUGGGAGCCUUCCCAUCCAACUUUGUGGAAUUGCUGGACAGUGGGCCCCCAAGCCUUGGACAUACAGACAUGCAGCCAAUUACCCCUAAUUCACAGAGGCCUCCUAAGUUGAGCAACUUGACCUAUGACAGCCCUCCAGAUUACCUGAGGACAGUCUCCUGCCCUGAGACCUGCAGGGUCCUAUUUGACUACCAACCUGAGGCCCCGGAUGAGCUGGCACUGCAGAAGGGGGACCUGGUGAAAGUUCUGAGAAAGACUACCGAGGAUAAGGGCUGGUGGGAAGGAGAAUGCCAAGGCAGAAGAGGAGUUUUCCCCGACAACUUUGUCAUCCCACCGCCCCCAAUCAGGAAGCUGAUCCCUCGGAAAAUUAUAUCUCGGGAAUCAGCUCCUAGUAAGGAAACAAAGAAACUGAUACCUAAAUCAUCUCUACCCACUGUGAAGAAGCUGGCAACAGCGGCCUCUGCACCAGGCAGAGCCAAGACACUUUCAACACCCAGUGGAGACAGCCAGAAACGCCCCUCCCGGAACUCUGGCUUCAAUGGCAGCUGCAUCAAUGGGGGGCCCAGGCAGCCUGGGAGAAAGGGAUCCAGAACCCAGGCUCCCCAACAGCAUUCUGCAUCCAGUCAGGAAGAUGAACAGAAAAGCGCAGGGAAGGGUCCCUCCAGGAGUAAAACCGCGGCUCCGGAGAAGACUCGUCUUCCAGAUAAGGUCCUUGACCCAGAGAAGAUCCCGGCUCCUGACAAAGUCUCCGUUCCAAAGAAAGCCCACGAUUCUGACAAAAGCCCUGCUACGGAGGAUACCACUCUGGACAAGGCUGGCACUCCUGAGAGCAUCCUCUCUGGGAAUGAGCCGGCGAAGGAUGAAGCCCUUGACCUGAAGAUGGCCCUCCACGAGGACACUGCCCCUGCAUUAGUAAAGAUCUUGACUCCAGAGCACAUGACUUUUAAAAAUCAGGGCCAGCACGUGCCUCAGGGAGAAUCCACACAGAGGCCUGCAUCCUCAAAUGACACCCAGGUGCCAGGAGAGUACUCCCCACGGCCUGACUCCUCAGAGAGGUCCUGCUGUCACCUGAGACAGACAAACGGCUCCUUCCCAACCCAGUCCAAGGCUGAGGAUGGGUCUGCCAUGGAGGAAGCCAAAGAUGAGAGGACCCUAAACAAGGCACUCCCCAAAAAGCUGCCUUCUGAAGGGGCGGGUCCCCAAAAGCACGUGCUUCCCCAAGAGUCAACCCCCUCCAAUCCGCAAGUGCCACACACUAUGGAGCAGAUGCCAGGCCCAGGAGAAGCCCCCACCCUUCACCCCUCGGCCCCACUAACCUCUCCCCAAAGCAAGAACGACAGCAUGGAUGUGUUGGAAUCGUUAAAGGAAGAGGUGAGGUCGCUACGGAGCCGGCUGGAGCUUCUGGAGUUGAAGCUGGAACAGAAGAUGGGGGAUGUCUGGGAGGAGCUGAAGACUGAGAAGCUCCUGUCACCAGAGGUUCAGAUGAUGCAGAGGAACCAGAAAUCCUUCAAACACGCACAGACACAGACAGAAACACAGACGGAAUGAGAGCAGGUUCAGGCCGAACCUCAACCCGACCACCUGGAGGGACAUCUAUCCUGCUUGGGCCACCCCGGUCCUUGCACACAACUUUGAGAAACUCCAUGGAAGUAAAAAAAAAA